UAAGGUAUUUACAUUUUUUGAAGUUAAGGUUUUUGUAUUCAAAAACACGGGAUGAACACCGCUUGAACCGAAUGACCCAAAGUGAUCAUAGUGAACAGAAUGAACACGGUGAUCAUAGUGAACACGGUUAUUAUAGUGAUGUUAGCGAACAGAAUUGAUGCAGUGAUUAUGGUGAGCAGAAUGAAACACAGCUUGAACACGCCACCGGGAGCGACAUGACGUUGCCACGGCAACCGAUCACCACUCUGCCCUGUUCAGCUUUGUAACAUCCGAGACACGGGGGUAAGUGUUUAGUUACCGUAAAUAACCGUCUAUCUACUUCUGUUUUACCGGGACGUUGGUCGAAGACGGCUCAAAUCGUGAUCUGAUAAGCUAAGUUAAACUCUGAUCACUUCAGAUCACUUCAGAUCAAACUUUUACUUUGAAGGCGCGGCUGAACUUAGGCCAGAGAAGCGUUUGAUGUUAUUGUCCGUCGAGCUCACGAGGCAAAGGACCACCUGUUUGAAGACAGUAGGAUGCGAGCUCAUAGGCAAACCACGGGGGUCCACCCCGAAGGCAUGUCCCUCACACCGAUGGUCAACAGGUAUAAACUGCACCUGGCAGCGGUGAAGUCUCUGGUCCCGGAGAAGCUGCACAGGACAGCGAAUCUUAAUGAGGAGACAGACCCUCGGUUCUGUGAUCCUACAGGAGAGAGAAACACUCACCCCUCACUGACAAAGAACUACUCAAAAACAGACCAGCGGUCCGCCGGGGGCCGGAGGAGGCCGGAGGCCCCAUCGGUGCUCCUCCUGGCUGGGAGGUGUUUGGACUCCGUCCACGGAGGCGCCUCAGACCUCCAGCCCAACCCCGGAGACAGGCCGAGAAGGCCGGCCCAGAGUGCAGGAUACAGGAAGGAUGGCAGCACCUUCCCCCCUCCUAGACAAUCAGGUGAUUGGGAAGAGAUGGACGAGGGUUCGUUACACAGGCUCCCCAGUACCUUGUUGUCCCGGGAGGUUGUGGGGUCCAGCUCUGAGCGGAUUGAUCUGGACAGGCGCUGUCUGGACGCGUGCCCCCAGCUGGGCUGUAUGGACGGGCUGCGUCUGCUCAACCUGCAGCACAACCGGAUCCCCAGGGUGCUGCACCUCUCCCAGCUGCAGCGGCUGGUGUUUCUGGACCUCUACCACAACCAGCUCUGUGACAUGGCCGGCCUGGAGGGCCUGCUCUCCCUCAGGGUGCUGAUGCUGGGCCAGAACAGAAUCCGUAAACUGAGUUGUCUGGAAAACCUGUCCAAACUGGAAGUUCUGGAUCUGCAUGCAAAUCAGAUCACCAGGAUAACCAACGUGUCCCACCUGGGCCGGCUGCGCCUUCUCAACCUGGCAGGAAAUGACAUCAGCCGCGUGGAGAACCUGCAAGGUCUGGACUCCCUCACUGAACUCAACCUCCAACGCAACUGCAUCUCCUCUGUGACGGAGCUGGAAACCCUUCCCUGCCUGCAGCGCCUCUUCCUCAGCUGGAACAACAUCAGCAGCUUGGCAGGGAUCCCCUGCCUCGGAGACUCCUGCCCCCUCUCUGAGCUCACCCUGGAUGGGAAUCCUGUAGCCCUGGAGACAUGGUACAGACAGGCCGUCCUACGCUGUGUGCUUCACCUCAAACAGCUGGACAUGAAGCGGAUCACAGACGAGGAGCGGCGUAUGGCUGCUGUCCAGGCUCGGAGAGAGGACGAGAAGAAGAAGGAGACGCACAAGCAGGCGGUUCAUAAGGAGAAGCGGCGGCUGGCCAUCCGUAACGCGGCCCAGCAGUGGGAGGGGGUCCGGGCCAGCCUGGAGCCCCCCCCUCCCAAUGGAGCCAAGGAGGAGGUCAGUCCGGAGAACAGCCCCGCCCACAGCCCCGCGCAGACCAAUGGCAUCGCCCAGGAGCCCUCCCCGGACGAGCCAAAGCGGGUCAGCCCCCUGUCAGGACCCGAGAAGCCUACCAUCGCUAGUGAGAACCGACUCCGCGUGCCCAGCCGUCCCAACAGCCCCCGAGACCCCAAGCUACUGGAGGCCGGCUCCGCGGUGCAAAUCCUGUCGCUGUCGGAGCAGCACCUGGCGGAGCUGGACGGGGACACGCUGCGGCUGGUGGGCCCUGGGGCCCUGGAGGCCCUGGAGCGCGGCUGGGGCGCGCAGACCGCUGGCGCCGUCUGCACCAUCACCUUCCGCUACGUCCAGUUCGACGCCAUCGUGCCCACGCUGCCCCGCAUACGAGUCAAGUUUCCCAACCUCACGCACCUGGUCUUCAUGGAGACCAACCUGAGCCGGCUGGUCCAGCUGGCGGCUCUGGCCCAGCUUAGGCGGGUGGAGCAGCUCACCAUCCACCCCGAGGGGAACCCGGUGGCCGCCCUGGCCCUGUGGCGCCCCUUCCUCAUCUACCGCCUGCACCACUUCAACCUGCAACGCCUCAACGGCCUGGAGGUGACCAUGAAUGAUGUCAUAGCGGCGGAGCGAGUGUUCGGGACCCUGGGUCUGGUGGCCGCCACCGAGACGCCGCGCUGCCGCCUGCUGCUGCUGCUGGAGGAGUCCCGGAAGCGGCAGCUGCAGUUUCACCUGGAGGGGCGUGGCCGGCGGCCGGGCCAGAGCCCAGAGGAGCUGAGGGAGAACGGGAAGCUGCUGGGGGAGGGGCUUAGCCGGGCGCUGUUCAACUACCCGUGCCGGGACGGCGCCAGCGACAGCUCUGAGGAGGGUGCUGUGGAACCGUCGGAGCGUGCCGCCAACACCCAGCAGUACCUGCAGGAGCUGGUCCAGCGGGCGUCCGACACCCACCUGAAGGGAGAGGCGCUGCACAAGCUGUGGCCCUCCCUGUUUGUGGAGAUGGUGAGGGACUGCGUGUUGGACAUGAGGGACCGGCCGUCCUACCGCCAGGCCUGCCUCCUCAGACUGUCCCACAGCAAGUGAAUGGGGCCGGCCAUGUGGAGCCAUACAUCAACACAGAGACACACACACACACACACACACACACUGACUGUAACAUACACAAAUGACACGGUGAGACACACACGGGGAGACACAGACACGAAGAGACACACACACAAACAUACACACACGGAGAGACACACACACACACACACGUACAUAAAUACACACACACACACACACACACACACACUGACUGUAACAUACACAAACAACACAGAGAGACACACGGGGAGACACACACAGACACAAAGAGACACACACACACGCACACACGGAGGGACACACGCACGCACACAUAACGACUGUAACACACAGAGACACACACAGAGCGACUGUAACAUACACAAACGACAACACAACGCAUGCACACACAUACACAACACCAAACACAAAGCAAACAGGCAUUCAAGAAUAAGUCGUGCUUGCCAACGUUAUCCGGACCGAAACACGUCGUCAUGUGGUCACUCAUUAGCCAAUCACGUCUCUGGAAGCAGAGGAUAAUCUCCGCUUGUGUAUUUGCGGCCGAAGCCUGGAGAUGGUAGCAGAGAGAAUGUUCUGAAGACCGCCCAGCGUGCACGUCUUGUCUGAAUGUACGUCCUCACGCGAAGAAACCGACCGUCAUCGACGCUUUGAUUCCUGUCCCGUUUCUGGUGCUCUGCAACCCCUCAUGCACCUGGGAAGCCUUCAGAGAGGGACCAAGUUUUACACCAUCGUUACCCCUGUCCUGUCCCCCUCCCCCCGGAGACUAACAUCACUGCUCCGUGUCUUAACUCACCCCCCCACAUCUCUCCCUCCCCCUCCCUCGUCUCUCAUUCCCACACGUCUCUCACUCCCUCUGCCUGACGACAGGACCUAUAACUCCUAUAUCCUUUGUUGUUUUUCUGUUUCUUUGAUGACCUCUUUGUGUGAUUUUCUGUAUGUAUUUAGGAUUAAACUAU